CAUUGAGUAGGUUCUGGGGAUUGGGGUCGGAUCCUCCCCUGAGAGGAGCUCUCUGCCUCUCGGGCCCUCACAGAGGAUCACACCUGUCACAGGUACACACGCUGCCACUCGCACGCACACGCUCGCACUGCCAGCCUCACUGACACACCGCGCCACACUGUCACUCACAAGCAGCCAGGCACUGCUGCACCUGAAAGCAGGUGGCCGCUGGACCCUGUCCCUUCAUUCCACACCUGGGCAUCAAGUCGGACUCCUGCCGAACCGACAGGCCUUGCGGGGCAAGUGCCUCCGAGACAGAGGAGGUGGCGUCCAGAGCUGCAGAGGUCCAAGCAGGCUCCCGGGGAGCAGCCAGAGAAACAAGGAGACCAGUGCUGGUCAGGUGGCUGUGAUGGGAAAGGAUUACUACAAGAUUCUUGGAAUCCCUUCGGGGGCCAACGAGGAUGAGAUCAAGAAAGCCUACCGGAAGAUGGCCUUGAAGUAUCACCCAGACAAGAACAAAGAGCCCAAUGCUGAGGAGAAGUUCAAGGAGAUUGCAGAGGCCUAUGAUGUGCUGAGUGACCCUAAGAAACGGGGCCUAUAUGACCAGUAUGGGGAGGAAGGCCUGAAGACCGGCGGUGGUACAUCAGGUGGCUCCAGUGGCUCCUUUCACUACACCUUCCACGGGGACCCCCACGCCACCUUUGCCUCCUUCUUUGGUGGCUCCAACCCCUUCGAUAUCUUCUUUGCCAGCAGCCGUUCCACUCGACCUUUCAGCGGCUUUGACCCUGAUGACAUGGAUGUGGAUGAAGAUGAGGACCCAUUUGGUGCCUUCAGCCGCUUUGGCUUCAAUGGGCUGAGUAGGGGUCCACGGCGAGCCCCAGAACCACUCUACCCUCGGCGCAAGGUGCAGGACCCACCCGUGGUGCAUGAACUGAGGGUGUCCCUGGAGGAGAUUUACCACGGCUCCACCAAGCGCAUGAAGAUCACAAGACGGCGCCUCAACCCCGAUGGGCGAACUGUGCGCACCGAGGACAAGAUCCUGCACAUUGUUAUCAAGCGUGGCUGGAAGGAGGGCACCAAGAUCACCUUCCCCAAAGAAGGUGAUGCCACACCUGACAAUAUCCCUGCCGACAUCGUCUUUGUGCUCAAAGAUAAGCCUCAUGCCCACUUCCGCCGAGAUGGCACCAACGUGCUCUACAGUGCCCUGAUCAGCCUCAAAGAGGCGCUAUGUGGCUGCACCGUGAACAUUCCCACCAUCGACGGCCGAGUGAUCCCUUUGCCCUGCAAUGAUGUCAUCAAGCCAGGCACUGUGAAGAGACUCCGUGGGGAGGGGCUUCCUUUCCCUAAGGUGCCCACCCAGCGGGGAGACCUCAUUGUUGAGUUCAAAGUUCGCUUCCCAGACAGAUUAACACCACAGACAAGACAAAUCCUCAAGCAGCACCUGCCCUGUUCCUAGGCUCUGCCCAGCCAGCCCAGAGUCUACCACAGCAAUACCCCCAUCGUCCCACUCAAUGUGCACCCAGUUCAACGUCCACUGGACACUGGCAACUUUUUCUAAAUGCAAAAAAAAAAAAAAAAAGCCACUGGCUUUCAGGAAAAUUAUCCUGUCCCUGAUCCCUUUAAAGCUGGGCUGCCUUGGGGGAGUGGGGA